AACAUUAUUACUUAGUAGGGUUUUAUAAGAAACAAGUUAUCAGUUUUAACAUAGCAUUACUUAACAUCACUACUUCAUAGCUACCUAUACAAUACCAAAACUUAGCACGAAUAUAAAAAGCUUACCCUAUAAAUACGACUGUUGGAAUUAUUAAAAAUACAUUAGUGUUCAUAUCUUUGUGACAAAACAUGUUAGUGAUGCAGUGGCUUGUAAUAAUAUCGAUACUUCUAAUCGAUUAUAAUGUAGCUAAAGAAACUGUGACGUACCAAGUUUCCGAUGUCGAUUUAAUCUAUUUGAUUCGUGGUUAUAAGACAAAGGAAGAUGGACUAAAGCUGACGAAAGUGGAUGGUGAUGUGGCCAGCCUGCCCGAUGGGAUAUACUUCAAGCCUGAGGACGAAGCUUUGACUGGAGAUUCUAAGUAUUUGAAUUUUAAUGGUCAAUACAAGAAGACAAGUUCGGACAAAAAACUGGCAAUCACGGAGAGCAAUUAGCUAUUUCGAAUCAUCUAAAUAUAUACCUACCUAACAAGAAAAAUAUAAACAAAAAUACAUUUUUAUUAAACAUU